AUGGACGAAAACGCGCGACUGCAAGCCAGAAUUGCAGCACUUUCCGGCCAGAUUCAGCAGCACAAACAACGACCAACAUCAAAUUCGCAGUACGGCCACCAGAGUUCUGCUCCGUAUGCAGCACCAUACGCUUACCGAGAUCCUCGAUGGGCUCCGUAUCCCCGCGGUGGUCGUGGUGGUCGUGGUGGACGGGCAGGAUAUGCGACCUCUCACAAAAAUCGGACUCUAGUUUUGAAUGGUUCGCAAGCUCUUGCGCCUACUGCUCAAAGUGGCGAGGCUACUGCAAACACCAGCGAUGCCACUACAGCCACGCAAGGAGCAGAUUAUAUUUCAGCACGGUCUGCAGGAAAACAUCAAUUGAUGAACAAAACCACAUAUGACCGGGAAAUGAAACAGAAGCAAGGACAACACGACGAUAGUGACGCGAUCAGGAAGGCCGCUCUCGAUGCUGCUGUGCCUGUGUCGCAGGUAGGACAAAGCUCCGCGCAGAACAGGCACGAGUUGACGAUCAGCGGUCUUCAAUUCCGAAUGGCCGACGAUGGAAGUAAAUUAUAUCGGGUAUCUGGUGAGACCGCGCGUGGAACCAUGACCGAAAGGAUGCUGAAGAUUUGCGUUUCAGAUGGUCCUCAAGAGACGCCCAAGACGGCUAAAAUUGCAGAUGUCAUCUUCAUUCGAACGAAACGAGGUAAUCUUGUACGGGCGAGUGCCUCGAAGAGCAACUCAAGGUACAAUUAUGCACGCGACAGCGAUGUUCAAAGACCCCAUCCACUAACUGAUGUUGCAGGAAAAUGUCCAUUUGGACCCGGCUGUCGAUUCGCGCACGAUCCAAACAAAGUCGCAAUCUGCAAAGAUUUCUUGCGCAGCGGGCAGUGUCCCUCCGGCAAGCACUGCGACCUGUCCCAUGAGCCAACUUAUCAUCGUGUGACGGCUUGCGCACAUUUCCUUCGAGGCAACUGCACCAACGAUGCAUGCCGUUAUCCCCAUGUUCACGUCUCCCCCACUGCACCUGUGUGUCGCGCAUUUGCCACUUUGGGAUACUGUGCUAAAGGCGCCGAGUGUCCUCGGCGCCAUGUGAUUGAAUGUCCCGACUAUAGCAAUCAUGGCCACUGUGCUGCUCGCGAGAAAGGCACAUGCCAACUUCCUCAUAUUGAUCGUGCGCAUACUCUCCGGAAGGCAGCCAAGCGUCAAGGCACGGGUGGCCUACAAGAUGAUUCUGAUAUAUCCAGUGGUGAUGAAGCAGCGGACAUGGAUCUCGAUGACGAUGCUGACGACGAUUCCGAUGGGCCCGAGGACUUUACAAUGACAGUUGACGGACAUAGUCAUGAACUUACGCAGCAGGACGACUUCGUGUCCUUUGCAUGA